AUGAAAACUGCAAAGACAGAAGAGAAGAAAUCUGGAAAGCCUGAACCAAAAGCAACAGUGAAGGUUGAUCAGAAAGAUGCUGCUGUGGCUGGAAAAGAUCCAUAUCUUCUUGCAGUUCUGGAUGAUAUUAUUAACAAGGAUGGAAAGAAAAUUCUUUUUUCUUUAAGCAACAUCCUCCAUGGGCACCUUCUUAAGGCUUUAAUCACAAGAAAUGGCAGUGAUACCGGGUCAAGGCGGCAGUUUCUAGGGCAACUGCGUUUGAAAGACUGUCUGCAGCUAUUGAAUAAUAGCUCAGGUCAUCCUGGGGCAAUUAUUAUGAUGGCAGAAGCCAUGAAUAAUGUGAAGGACUUUGAAUUGGACAAUGCUGUUGAAGAAGCGUGCUGUUGGCACUGCAGAUGCUUGUUUCUCCAUCAUGAUAGCAUCCACGACAAUGAGCUGAUAAGUCACUGGUUACUGGAAGGGUAUUUUGAUCACCAUGAUCAUAUUGAGAAGGCCUAUGAGGAGGGACAUCAUACUCUGAUGGAGCUCAAAGAUCGUGGAUUUCUAAGAGAAAAGGAGAAUAGUUAUGUUUAUACGGAAAGUAAUGCUUUGGGAGGAAGUCCCUUACGCAUACAAAGACUUACAGUUCUGGUCAUCUUAAAUCCGAUGUUCAAAAAGCUGCCGUUAGAACUUUCAACAUUGAAGGAGCUUCAAGUACUUGAUCUAAGGGGCUGUCGCCUGCUGGAGAAUGUAGAUGAGAUCCAUGAACUUACGAAGUUACUCAUUCUUCAGAUAUCUGGGGCUCAUUUUGUGGAGGAAAUCCAUGAUGAUCUUUUUGAGCAUAUGAAAGAUCUUAGAUCUCUUAGCUUAUCUGAAGUUGGCAUUAAACAAAGGAAUCAGCAAAACAGGAAGUGCUUUCAUUGGCAAAACUUGAAGUGUUCGAUUUCUUCUGGUUCAGACUCUUUCACAAAUAUCCAGGUCAAGACCCUCUCUUCUCUCCAGAAACUUCAAAUUCUCAAUCUAUCCAAAACCAAGCUUGGGCGCUUGCCCUACUUUCGCGAUUUGGGAGAGCUCACUCAACUCCACUUAAGUGACUGUCCAUCCCUGGCAAGAGUUCCCACCCUAAAACCAUUACCUAAACUAGAGAUUUUUUAUGCUAAUGGUAAAUUCCUCACUGGGUUGCCAAACUUGAGUAAACUUCAGAAACUGGAAGUUCUCGAUCUCUCGGGAUGCUCGGAGUUGGUGCCUUCUUCAAAUUGCUUUCCUAUCAGCCUCCAUCACCUAAUAAUGAGAAAUUGCGCCUACUUGAAAGACCUUCCUUCCUUGGAAGCUCUGUUGAACCUAGAGGUACUCGACCACUGUGUAUCUGAGCUGGAUGCCCUAAAGGAGCUUGAGCUGCUGGAUCUAUCGGGGACCAAAACCUUGGAUCUUCUGGAAUUACCAAAGCUUGUGAGAAUUGGGGUUAUAAUGGUAUCGCUGCGAGUACUGAAAGUGAGACAGUGUCCAAAUCUGGAGAAUCUAGAGGUAGUGCUUGGAGAAGCUGAAAAUCUGGAAAUCCAUAUUUCCUAUGCUGCUGGGCUGAAGACCGUACGCAGUCAGAAAGUGAAGCCAGGGAGCUUAAAAAAUCUAGAACAGCUAAAAAUAGAAUCUUGUCCUCAGCUCAAAGAAGUUUAUCCCACAUCCUAUUUGCCGCCGAACCUGGAGAUUCUUGUGAUAAAUUCAUGUGAAAGCUUGGAAACUAUAUUCAGAGGCAGCUCAGCAGGUUCCUAUUGGCAACCCUUAAUCUACAUUCAGGCUGAGAUAAUAGCUGAUUUUGUUCAUAAAUACCAGAAUCGAGAGCAUGUGCCUAGUGAUACCAUGCCUAUCGUGUCACGUGAUGUAGGCAUCAGCAUGCCUUUCAAAGGAAAAGGGCUUGAAGGUUCCGCGACAGGCAAAGAAUGA